CACUACGUUACUUCUUAACAAAACCCAAAAAGUAAAGAGGAAAAGAAAAAAGAUCAUAACCCAAAUGGGAAGCACCACCUGCACAGUGUCGGAGCGCCGCCGUGCCGCGUGGCGCAUGCGGCUGCGCUCCGCGUCACGCACCGCCGCAGCCUGCGCCGCGGUGGGCGUGACCACGCUCUACGGCCCGGAGUUCCUCCGGGCCCGCCACAUAAAGUUCGCGGCAUUCUCCUACCUGACGGCCGUGACGAUCAUCUCGGACGCCACGGCCGGGGAGGCGCUGCGCGGGUGCUGGCACGCGCUCUGCGCCACGGCGCAGGUCGUGCCGCUGGCCGUGCUGUGGCGCUGGCUGCUGGGACCUGCGGCCCAGAUGCCGCCCCUGGCCGCGGGGGCGGUCGUGGCCGCGGCCGCCUUCGCGGUGGCGCUGCCGGAACGCACGCACCUGACCGCGAAGAAGAUCGCGUUCGGGCAGAUCGUGCUGGUCAGCUGCGCGGCCGUGCUCGGCGAUGGGUCCACGGGGGGGUACAUGCACCCGGUGUACCUCGGCGCGAGCACGGCGCUGGGAGCAGUGGCGGCGCUCUUCGCUUUGCUCCUGCCGUACCCGAGCCGAGCCUCUAGUAAGGUGCAAGAGUUGUGCCGAUUGUACGCCGAGAAUGCUUCACAGAGAAUGAACCUAUACCUACGCGCUCUAACCGCAACGGACAAGCUAACCAAGAUCGAACUCAUCUCACAAUCCAAGCCCUUGUCCGAAACCGGAUCCAAGCUUUUCCAAAGUAUCAAAAUCUCCGAGGAUGGAUUAUGGUGGGAAAGGCCAUGGAGGAAACCAACCAAGCUAGGAGAGAGACUCCAAAACAUGGAGCUUGAGAUGAGAGGAAUAGAAUACUCCUUGAUUUCUUCAGCUACAGCCACUCCAUUUCAAGGAGCAGAGCAGCAACAAAUCUCCGAAUUCACGCAAGCUAUAUCCACACGCAUCGAGGAGAGAAUCGAGCAGCUUCGUUGCUACUCUCCUUUCAAUUCCAAAGUCGAAACAGAACUCGUGCCAAACUCAUCAUCCUUGCCCGAUCCAAAGCUCCCAUCCCCGAACCACGGAUGGCUCUCGUUCCACCUCUCGUGCAUACACAUGUUCCUCAACGAGGCUGCGUGCUGCAAUGCUGAGCCUCCAACGAAGACAGAAACAGGAUUCAAGCGAUGUAUUCCCAGCCACGAGAGGCUGAUGUUCGCGACAAAAUGCUCGCUCAGCCUCAGCCUUGCAGUGCUGCUGGGGCUGCUAUUCGACAAGGAGAACGGAUGCUGGGCGGGCCUCACGAUCGCCAUCAGCUUCGUUGAAGGAAGGCAGGCGAUAUUCACGGUGGCUAACUCAAGACUGCAGGGGACGGCUCUGGGAUCGGUGUAUGGAGUGAUAUGCUGUUUUCUCUUCCAUUACGAAGUGCUGAGGCUUCUGGCGCUUGUUCCGUGGAUCAUCGUCACAACCUCUCUGCGACACAGCAGGAUGUUCGGGCAAACAGGCGGAGUGUCAGCAGCCAUAGGAGCGUUGGUGAUACUCGGGAGGAAGAACUACGGUGUUCCCACUGAAUUUGCUAUCGCUCGCCUCACAGAGGUUUUUAUAGGCAUAACGGCCUUCAUUGUCGUGGACCUCUUCCUGCAGCCGACCACAGCAGCCACGCUAGCCAGGAACCACGCGUAUUUAACAGCUUCCGCCCUGCAAGACUGCGUAAAAGGAACAAGAAUGCAGAAAAACCAAACAAGUGAUGAGUUUCUUGAUAUGAAAGAGAGGGAAAAGCAUCUGAAUCAACUAGUCUCUCAGCUGAAAGGGUUAGUAGCAGAUGCAGAGACGGAGCCCAGUUUCUGGUUCCUCCCCUUCCGGGCUUCUUGCUACAAGAAGCUCGUUCGAACCUUCACCAACGCCGUGGAUAUGCUGUGCUUCAUUACCCACAAUCUUGAGCUGCUUUCCAAGCUAGCUGAGACUGAAUCAGGAAGCAAAUUUCAGGAGCAGAUAAAUAACGAGGUGCAACUAUUCGAGGAGACUUUAAGCUCUGCGUAUACACAUCUCGAGCAAGGGAUCGUCACUAAGCCGGAAGCAGUCUUAGAAGACAUGGAGGCCGGGAAGCUAUGCAGUCGAGAAAAACCAGGUGUUCCGUUGACAGAACAUACAGAGGCCUCCCUUGCUCGAGAGGACGAAGGAGAAGACGAUAAAAAUCAAAGGGAAAUGGUGAUUCGGUAUCUGAAUGCAACAAGAUUUUGCAUCUCUUCAUUGAUGAAAGAGAUGGAGGAUAUCACGUUUUGCUUGAGAGAUAUAGGAUCAUUGGUAGAUUAACUCAACAUAUUUAUCUAGAUAAAAUUCAAUAAUUUAGUAUAUAUGUGUGCAACACUUGGUGCAGUUAUGAUGCCAAGAUUCAAAUAUUUUAUAUGAAACAAACAUUCAUACAUUUUCCAUUUGCAUAUAAAUAUCAAACAAUUUCACAUCUCCACAGCU